AUGUGCGACCCCAAAAUCUCCAUCCACAGGAUCCAAUCACAUAAUUUAAGGCAACAAAUUGCUCGAGCUUCUGAAUCACCAAAAAGGAGACAAAGUCGACUCCAGACACAACGUUUACAACAGCAAAAUGCUCGAGCGUCAGAAACUGACGAUGAAAGAGAAAGUCGUUUGAGAGCAGACAGAGCAAGUUAUGAAAUUGCUCGAGCCUUUGAAUUACAAGAAAGAAGAUAA